AAGUUGCCGGAGGAGCGAGAGAGGGAGGGAGAUCCCGGGGCUGUGUGUGCGGGGCGGCGGGCAGAGGAAUGACCGAGGAGCUGUGAUCGGAGGAGUUGGCGGAGUCCGGCGCUGGAGGGAGAAGUGCGGAAAGUUUUACGGAGAAGUUGGAAGUUGUAGAGGAGAGUGGAGGAGACGGGAGAUCGGAGGACGGGACAGGUAGAGGAGAGAGACCGGGGAGAGGAGGAGAGAGAGACCGGGGAGAGGAGGAGAGAGAGACCGGGGAGAGGAGGACAUGUCCGGGCUUACCUCCAUCUAUAUUACCUACAUCACCUUCUACCUGUGAUCACCUACCUUCCCAUCCCACUACACAGGUCUAAGAGAAAAUGUUAAAAGCGGUUUUAAAGAAGAGUCGGGAGGGCGUAAAAACCAGCAGGAAUCAAGCUGAAGAAAACACACAAAAUGUUUUCUACCCAAAUCACAAUGGAGAUUAUCCAAAUCCCUGCAUCCAGGAGGAUCUGUAUAAAAUGGGAUUCACCAAGGGGGUUUCAGUUUCCUUGCCAUCAUCACCAUUACUGCCGCGCCAGACAUAUGCUGUACCACAGCGGGCACCCAAGAAAUCCCCAGGGCCAAUGAGGAAGCUGAAGUAUGUUGAGAGUCCCCGAGUGCCAGCAGACUCAGCUGUAAUGCCAUUGAGAAAAGUCUUGGAGCUGCCGGACCCCAACCAAAAUGAAUCUGCACUUGAUAAGACCUCGGGUUGUUCCCCGGCUGCUCAGGAGCUGAUGACGAGGCUGGGAUUCUUGCUCGGUGAAGGCAUUCCGAAUACUGCGCGAGUUUCUAUGGAUGAGAAGAAUGAAACUAUGUGUACAGUGACAAGUCACGGGAUAAGUCCCUGCUCAACGCUGACAAACAGCACAGCUUCUCCAAGCACUGCCAGUCCUUGCUCCACGCUAAACAGCUGCAUCAGCAAAACAGCCGCGAACAGAGCCAGUCCCAGCGGAACCAUCAGCAGCCCCAGCUCCACCCUGGAAAGUAAAGACAGCGGCAUAAUCGCCACCAUCACAAGUUCAUCGGAGAAUGACGACCGCAGUGGUUCCAGUUUAGAAUGGAGUAAAGACGGCAGUCUUCGGACUGGAGGACAUCAAGGCAUGAUGAUUCACGAGAGGAGGAUAGAUAAUUGCUCGCCCGUCGUCGAAGAAGAAACGUGCAGCACGGCAGAGAAUUUGCCAAAAGGUGACUCGUUUGUUGGAGAAGGCCCGGUUUCCUACAUGCAGAACUCCAGCUCAUUGAUGAUGCAACGACCCAACUCUGUGGCAGCAACAAGUUCCACAAAACUGGAAGACUUGAGUUAUCUGGACGUACAGAGAAAUGCUCCUCUACGCACCUCCAUCCGAAUGCCCUGGCAUAACACAGCAGGAACACGUGUGCAGCAGGAAAUUAAAGCACGCUUUGUCCCCUACAAGCCACAGGACAUUCUCUUGAAGCCGCUGUUGUUUGAAGUGCCAAGCAUAACAACGGACUCAGUGUUUAUUGGAAGGGGCUGGCUCUUUCAGGAGACGGAGGAAAAGAUGAGAAGUUCAGAGCUGCCGGACAACCGCGGAGUAGUAAUUGUGGGCUCCGUUGGCUUUGGAAAGACGGCGAUCAUUUCCAAGCUGGUGGCGCUCAGCUGUCACGGGACCCGUAUGCGGCAGAUUGCCUCUAGUAGCCCCUCUUCAUCUCCUAAGGGUAUUGACCACAGUCAGGAGAUCCCUCUGUCUCAGACAUCACCACUGAGCCUGAAUAUGUGCGGGUCAUCAACUAUGAAAACAUUGGGAUCCAGAGGAAGUCCUGAACACCAGAAAACGAUGGACGAAUCCUUGAAACACAUGGCCUCAAAGGUAGUUGCCUAUCACUACUGUCAGGCUGAUAACACAUACACUUGCCUGGUGCCGGAAUUUGUACAUAGUAUUGCUGCCUUGCUGUGCCGGUCCCAUCAGCUCACAGCCUACCGGGACCUCCUCAUAAGAGAACCCCACUUACAGAGCAUGCUCAGCCUGCGAUCCUGUGUGCAGGACCCAUUGACUGCCUUUAGAAGAGGAGUUCUGGAACCUCUGACAAACCUGCGCCGAGAACGGAAGAUCCCUGAAGAAGAAUUUAUCAUUUUGGUAGACGGCUUGAAUGAAGCGGAAUUCCAUAAGCCUGACUAUGGUGAGACCAUUGCCACAUUUAUCAGUAAAAUCCUUUCCUCAUUCCCAUUAUGGAUGAAGCUCAUUGUGACAGUGCGGGCUAAUUUUCAGGAAAUAACAACGUCACUGCCCUUAUCCAAGAUUUCCUUAGAUGAUUUCCCAGAGAACAAAGAAAUUUACAAUGACCUGAGCGCUUAUAUACAAUACAGAAACAGCGCUAGCCAGGAAAUUGCAAACAAUAUCUCUAUAAAUGGCAAAACAGAUGCCAGCAGCAUCGGUAAACUGACGGACCACCUGGUGACCCGAAGCCAGGGCUCUUAUCUCUACCUAAAGCUCACGCUGGAUCUUUUUGAAAAGGGCCACUUGGUCAUCAAGAGCUCCAGUUACAAAGUGGUGCCGGUUUCCGUGUCGGAGCUUUAUUUGCUCCAGUGCAAUAUGAAGUUCAUGACUAAUUCCGCCUUUGAGAAAGCACUUCCUAUUCUGAACUUGGCUCUGGCCUCAUUACACCCCAUGACCGAUGAGCAGAUUUUCCAGGCCAUCAACGCAGGCUGUGUUUAUCCGGAGCAGAACUGGAAAGACUUCCAGCAGCGGAUGGAUCUUCUCUCAUCCUUUUUGAUAAAAAGAAGGGAUAAGACACGUAUGUUCUGCCACCCGUCUUUCAGGGAAUGGCUAGUAUGGAGAGCCGAUGGAGAGAGUACGCAGUUCCUGUGUGAACCGCGAAGCGGACAUGCCCUAUUAUCAUUCAUGUUUUCUCGACAAGAAGGAAAAUUAAAUCGGCAGCAGACCAUGGAAUUGGGUCACCACAUCUUAAAAGCUCACAUAUUUAAGGGAUUCAGUAAAAAGAGUGGGAUCUCAUCUAGUACUCUUCAAGCCUUGUGGAUUGGAUACAGCACAGAUGGUUUGUCUGCCGCCCUUGCUUCUCUAAGGAAUCUGUACACCCCUAAUGUAAAGGUGAGCCGACUCCUGAUUUUAGCCGGGGCAAACGUCAACUACAGGACAGAGGUGUUGAAUAAUGCCCCGAUCCAGUGUGUCCAAGCGCACCUCGGGCACGAGGAGAUGGUCUGCCUGCUGCUGGAGUCUGGGGCCAUUGUGGAUGGGAUGUCAGAGAGUGGAAUGACGCCAUUGUGCUACGCGGCUGCUUCUGGACACCUAAAUAUUGUCACCCUUCUGAGCAAAAAAGGAGCAAAGGUGGACCACAUAGACAAGAAAGGACAGAGUGCCUUGGUACACAGUGCUCUGAGGGGACACUGCAGCAUCCUCAAGUUUUUAUUGAAUUGUGACUGGACAUCUCCCAACCAACAACCAAAUUAUGUAAGGCGAAGCCAUGCCCUCCAACAGUCUCUGACAGCGGCGGCCAGUAUGGGACACACAGAGGUGGUGAGAUGUCUCUUGAACAACGAGAAAGGUUCCCCAAUAGACAUCAAUGAGAAUGACACACUUUGGGGAGAGACAGCUCUCACAGCAGCAGCAGGAAGGGGGAAGCUGGAGGUCUGUGAGCUACUCUUGGAUCAUGGAACCAUCUUGUCGCGUCUUAAUAGACGUGGAAUAUCGCCCCUCUUCUGUGCAGUGCGCCAAGGGCACUGGCAGGUCGCCAGGCUUCUUAUGCAGCACGGCUGUGAUGUAAAUCUGAGUGACAAGCAAGGCCGGACUCCCCUCAUGGUCGCGGCAUGUGAAGGCCAUUGUGGGACCGUGGAGUUUCUUCUGUCCGAGGGCGCAGACAUUGCUGCAGUGGACAAGGAAGGGUUAACUGCCCUGAGCUGGGCCUGCCUCAAGGGCCACAGAGCCGUGGUCCAGUGCCUUGUGGAAAGAGGUUCCAGUAUUGACCAGAUGGACAGAAAUGGCCGCACACCUUUAGACUUGGCUGCCUUCUACGGAGAUGCUGAAAUUGUGCAGUAUCUGGUCGAUAAUGGUGCUAUGAUUGAACAUGUUGACUAUAGUGGGAUGCGUCCGCUUGAUCGAGCCAUAGGAUGCCGAAAUACAGCCGUAGUUGUGACUCUGCUUAGAAAAGGAGCCAAACUAGGAAAUGCAGCUUGGGCAAUGGCAACUUCUAAACCAGACAUCCUAAACAUUCUCCUGCAAAAGUUAAUGGAUGAAGGCAAUAUCUUGUACAGAAAAGGGAAGAUGAAAGAGGCUGCGCAAAGGUACCAGUACGCUCUCAGGAAGUUUCCCCGGGAGGGCUUUGGAGAAGAAAUGAAAGCUUUUAAUGAGCUGCGUGUUUCCCUCUACUUGAACUUAUCCAGAUGCCGCCGAAAAACAAAUGACUUUGGCAUGGCUGAAGAACUUGCAACCAAGGCGCUAGAGCUGAAACCAAAGUGCUAUGAAGCUUAUUACGCCCGGGCAAGAGCUAAGAGGAACAGCAGGCAGUUUGUUGCUGCUCUUGCUGAUCUAAAUGAAGCUCUGAAAUUGUGCCCCAACAACCAGGAAAUAAAGCGGCUUCUGGCCCGUGUAGAAGAGGAGUUCAAACAGCAUCAAAAGAGCCAACAGCAGAAACAGAACCAGCCUCUUCCUCCGCCAAGCAAUGACUCUGACCAAGAGGAUGAAGCUGUGGAAGAAACACUGGACCAUCAUCUGAGCCUUGAGGAGAUCCAAGAGGAUGACGGUCCCUCUUCAGACAUUCUCCCAGCAAACUCAAAGCCACUGGAUGUACCAAACAACCAUAGAGCUGCGGAAUAUAUUACCCAGAAAUUCCACACUGAAUUGUCUGAGGAACAUCCGGGGAAAAACAUUUGCCUGCAACAAGCGCUGGUGCAAAGGCCAGCAAAGCAGGCACAGAUCGUUAAAACCAACCAGCACAUGAAUUCCUUGCAAUCUCUGUCUAGGUCUACCAAUAGUUUUUCUGCCUUGAAAACCCAGGCUGCUUCUUCUACUUUGGCACCUCCAAGCCCCCUUCCUUUGAGACCAUCGUCUAACCAAGCCAGUAUGAGAGGUCCAACGGUAGAAGCUCGUGGUCCUGCUUACACAGAAAAGGUCCCAUCAGGACUUGCCAUCCAUAGGCAGCCCAGUGAGGUUGUGCAGUCCUAUAAGGCUUCAGGUUCCUUCGUUUCUAAAACUGCAGAAAGGUUAGUGGGGUUUCCCGUACCUGAAAAACCUGCAGCCAUAACAGAAAGCAAAAGAAUAGCAUCCCACAGUUUGACCUCAAGCAGUAGCUUUUCUGAAGGUGUUAAAGGGCCUGAUGUGCGCAGCAAAGAAAAUAAGCCCAACCAAAUUGUAAGUGCAUCAGCUGACCAGAGACCACGAAACAUACCCUUCAUGGGGAUCAUGGACAAAACCGCCAGAUCCUUCCAGCAGAAUGUUCCGCCUGCUCGGAGCUGGCAAAACCAAACAGACUUGAACCCCAAUCCUCCUGCCACCGGGUCAUCUGCAGGUUUUGAGAAGUUCGUUCCAAGGCAGGUAACCAGCUAUAGCAAUCUAAAUAAGACCAUGCCGAACGUAUAUGGAGGGAAUACUCAUAAUGGAGUGUACGCAAAGGACUUUGAGGAUGGAAAGUGUCAGACGUCCAGCCUCUCUCAAGAUUCCAAGGCUGUUGCCAAGUCAUACCAAGAGGCAAUAUUGAGGUCACAAUCUGUUUUGGCAAAAGACUCCAAAUUGGGCUCAAUGUCCUCUACGAAACCAAAGCGAUCGUUCAUAGAGUCAAAUGUGUAACCGGCACAACGUUUUGGGGGCUUUUUUGUUUUUUAAGACUAAUACUAGAGCACUAAAGGUCACGUUGCUUUUUGGAGACCACUCCUACCUUCUAUUUCAUUGGUUCCUGGGACCUACAAAUGUUUACUUCACUGUUAAAUCUCCAAGGAUUCUGGAUUUCUUGGCAGGAAAACUUUUGUUUUUCAUCUUUUAACAGUCUGGAAUGUAAACGACUUUCUAAACAUCAUUAUGUGAGGUUUCUUUACAAACCCUUCAUCUGUAACAAUGGCUGGGUUUCCAGAAAGCAAAGUUAUGGAUAAUAGAUUUGGUGACUCUGUGAGAAAAAGCCAAAAGCUGCUGGUCAGUACCUGAUGAUACUUCUGGAUUACAGUGACUCGCUUGGAAUUAUUCAUAGAACAGUUCCAUAGGAAACUGACCUAUUGAUGCAGAACCAAUGCACUAGAUUCCUCAUUUGGGUCUUUCACUGCCUGGUGCAGAUGAGGAACGCGCAGCAACCCUAGAGGACUCUUCAUGUAUUCGUUCUUUGGGACAAUACCAACAGACGUUACCAUAUGUACAAAGGAAAACACAGCUCUGCGUUUGGUUUGCAAAGAUCCCACAUCCUCCUCUUUAUUAGGAGAUCCCGUGGGCAAUGUGCACCAACAUUCACAGAUCUUUCUGUUCUUCAGCAUGAUUUUAUCUGCAGUCAAAAUAAGUCAAGCAAGCAUUUACCUGGUUUGCAGUAUGUUCCACGGCUUCAUUUUAAAAACUGGUGUAUCAAAAAAAAAGUAAUGCAGUACGUGGCCACGUGUCGCCUUUCUGUGUGCGCCAGUCUUGAAUUUAGUCCUAGGUCUUCCUCAGGAACACAGCAUGUGCAGUGGAUGAUGGCGCGGUUGAAUGUAAAUAAUGGGACACGCGGUCUGUCAGAAUUCUUCAUAACUGGAAUGUCAGUGUUAUAUAAUAUACAGUGGUGCCUUUAAAAAUCGUUUUAUCUGCAUAGCCAUGUAAAAUGAUUUUAUUGUUCGAAAUGUAUCUUUGGUGUUUAGCCGGUGCCUUAUGCUAUGACUGGGAAUGUAGGAUGGGGAUAACCCUGAAUUCAGUAGAUGAAUAUCCAAAGACGGAUGAGUGGGUUUCCGUGGUAACUGAAAACUGGAUCCUCUAUAUUGGUGGUUCUUAACCCCGUCCACAAGUACCACCAGCAGGCCAUGUUUUGGGAAUUUCCAUUAGAUAAAAUAGCUGUCCAAAAUACCAAGCCAUUGACUCUGAUUUAAAGCAC